AAAGGAAACUCAAUUCGUAUCCGUAGGAGCGGGAACAAACAGUGUCCGUCUCCGACGAAAAACAAAAAAGAAAUUCCCCAAAAGCUUCCAGGGUUUGCGCUCGAAUACUUCCCUCUUACAGAGCUUCAUUCACAGAUCGAACGCAUCAUUGACCUCCAGGUUUAUUGUUUUGGAGAUAUCUUGCUAUUCUACUUGCCAAGUAAAAGGGUUAUUGCUGGCUUCAUUUCUUGAGGUAAGAAGUGGGGCUACCCGCAGCUACUAGAUUGUGAUGGAUAACAAAUCCUUGGGAGUUUUUGGUGGCUUUGGUCAUAAAUAUUCUGGUCAAGAAUGUUCUAUUCCAGCAUCAACAAACUGUGAUAGUACUGCAACUGCGUAUGAAGCUUCGCAGAGAUCACAUCAGUUGUCCAUCCGUAAUGAUGGUAUGGAUGUAAAGAAAAAACGUGUAUCAAAAAUUACUGGUGGGGGCCUGCGCCAGAUCAGUAUCACAGUUGGUAAGAAAGUGGAGAGCAAGGGAAGAACAACAUAUAGUGAGGUUGCUGAUGAAAUUGUAGUGGAGUUUACUGAAGCAAACAGUUCAGUUUCUCUGGAUAAGGUUGAGGAGAAGAAUAUACGGAGGCGUGUAUAUGAUGCACUAAAUGUUCUUAUGGCACUGGACAUUAUCGUUAAAGAGGGUAAGGAAAUUCAGUGGAAGGGUCUUCCUAGCACAGAUGUGAAGGAUAUGGAGCAGAAUAAGGCAUUGCGUGUAAAGCUGAUGAACCAAAUUGGAAAGAAAGCAGCCUACUUGAAAGAUUUGGAAGAACAAAUUACAGGUCUCCAAAAUCUGAUGUUGCGUAAUCACCAUCUGCUUGCUUCUGGAAAUAGCCCUUCUGGGGGGUUCUCUUUGCCGUUUAUAGUAGUCCGGACAAAUCCUCAUGCUACAGUUGAGAUUGAGAUAUCUGAGGACAUGCAGCUUGUACAUUUUGACUUCAAUAGCACCCCCUUCUCGUUGCACGAUGAUGCUUACAUUCUCAAGUUAUUGCGCUGCUACCAACAUCCAGAGAGUAGAAACAAUUCCCAGAAUUCUUCAGUUCUCUCUUCUUCAAGCUCUGACGUUGUAUCUGGUGGAACCAAGUCAUUCUGCUGGAAUUCUGAAAUGGACAUGUCAAAAUGAGUCUUUUGACAACAGAAGUUACUCCACAACAUAUUUGUAAAAACAAAAGGAGACCUAAUUUAUUGAAUGCAUGUUGGUGUACAUUGUUACAAGGUCCUUUUCUCAGUUAUAGAGGUACAGGUGUGAUAGGUGAUAAGCAAUACUUGGUUGUUAUAUUAUUUGUUGCCAGUAUGAGAUUGUAACUAACCUAUACGAUAUUAUUACUAGCUACAACUUGUAUGGAGGCACGAAAGAAAAUCGUGUUUUUUGAUACCGGUUUUUUGGUAUUUUGCAACUCGAUGAACGAGUAUAACAAAUUGUAGCUUAUCAGACAUUUUCUUGUCUUCAAAAUGUCAAGGUUCAUUGGGUGAUCUCA